AGUGAACAAUUUUUUUUUUUAUAAAAGAAAUAAAAUAAAAGUUUCAAGUGUUGGAAUUAGUUUCAUUAUUUAUUUUUUAGACAACUCAGGUUAAACUUUUUUUUUUUGCAUCAAGCGACUCGUAAAAGUUGUUUUAUCAACAUUUCAACUAGAUAAAUACACAAAAAUCAAUAUAUAAAUAUAUAAUACAGCAUGUCAACAAACAGUGCUUUAUAUGUUCCUCAUGGCAUUUGCUCUCCUCUUAUUUCGCCUAUACCUCAUGAAGCAGAUGAAAUAAAAAACGCCGAAUCACGAGUAAGUCGAGAAAGACUUCCUCGCUCUUUAUCUGACGAAAGGUUCUAUACUUCAAACGACGAUAAAGUUGAAUGGGAGCGUUCUAUUGACGAAGAAAGCAAGGAAAUUAACAAAGAAACGUGUAAAUGCUUACAAAUAAACACAAAUUUAUUACUUUAUAAGGUUUUUUAUUUUCUUUUUUACGGCGCUAUUGGAUCACUCUUUCCUUACUUAGCCGUGUUUUACAAACAAUUAUACUUAUCUGCUAAACAGGUUGGUUUUUUAAUUGGAGUUCGUCCUUUUAUACAAAUGUGUGCUGUUCCAUUAUGGGGAGCUCUAGCAGACACUUAUGACGUCAAAAAAUAUAUUUUAUUAAUGUCAAUAGCAUCUUGGUUGAUCACAAAUUACAGCAUAUCAAUUGUAAGAACUCCAUUAGAAAUUGCUUGCAAUAUUAACAGCACAUUAUUUAUUCCUAAAGAAGUGAACAAGUUAGUAAAAGCAAAUAAGUUUCCUCCGGAUAAUCUUUUGGCUCCUAAAAAUACGUCACUAAAUUACAUUUAUGAAAAAAAAAACUCAACCAGAAAAGAAAUCUUAAAAGAAGUUGAAAAUAUAACUUACAAAAGUGAAAGAGAAAAAAGAAAAUCAAAUGAAGGUUUUGAAUUAGCAAAAAUAUUUAGAAAUUUACUUGAAAAAAUGGUUGUUACACGAAAAAUUAGAAACUCGCUAGAUGAUUUUAAUUCGACUGAGAGUCAAGAUAACGAACGUCACCGAAUAAUAGCAGCUGAUGAACUUGAAGGUGAAUUUGACUCAUUAAAUACGGAUGAAGAGUACCCAUGGCCUUUAGAUAGUAUUGAAAAAAAGCCCAAUAAAAAAGAAGAAGACGCGGUCAAGAGAGAUUCUAUGAAAAUUUUUAUUGUUUUAAUUGUGAUAACUUUAAUUGGAACCUUGCUAGCAUCACCUGCUGCAACUCUAGCUGACACAGCAACUCUGGAAAAUCUAGGCGAAGAAACUUAUCUUUAUGGAUUUCAAAGACUGUGGGGAGCGUUUGGUUGGGGUCUUAGUGCAUUUGUUGUUGGUGCCGUUGUGAGUGGUGUACAAAACAUAUUUUGCGCUCAAGGACGUCACGUUGAUUAUAUCUUAUCAUUUUACGUCUAUGCUUCUAUGAUGGGAUUAGCUUUUAUAACAGCUUUUUUUUUUAAAUUUAAACUACUUGAAGAGCGUGCACCUUAUACAGAAUCACUUUGGGAAGCAAUUAAAUUGUUUAGUGAUGUGCAACAUGCUUGCUUUGUUAUAACUCUUUUAUUAUCGGGAGCCGCUUUAGGAUUUAUUCAUACCUUUUUGUUUUGGCACUUACAUGAUAUUGGAGGAACGCAAUUAUUGUUUAGUGUUAUUUCUGCCGUUCAGUGCACGUCUGAGGUUCUUAUGUACUUAGUUUCUGGAUAUAUAAUGUUAAAUAUAGGUUGCGAUAAUCUUUUUUACAUUGGUAUAGCUGCUAAUGUUAUCCGAUUAUUUGCGUACUCUUUUACAAACCAACCGUUAUAUUCAAUUCCUCUUGAAAUAUUACAAGGAGUAUCUUCUGCAUCAAUUUGGACAGCAUCAGUUUGUUACAUUGGAUUAAUUCCUGGUACCCCAGUAACGCUGCAAGCUUUACUUCAUGGUGUUUACUGGGGUUUAGGACAUGGGGGAGGAGGGAUACUAGGAGGAGUAUUGGUCAGUUACAUAGGCUCCCACUCCACUUUUCUUGUAUAUGGUUGCAUAUGUCUUUCAAAUUUAGCAAUACUGAUGUUGCUUAAGUAUUGGGCUAAAAUUAUAAACUUAUUAGGUAGUUACACAUAUGUUGAGAAUAUACCUUCAGGGACGUAUAUACUAGCUCAUCCUCGAGGUGGCGAAGAAGCUAAAUCUUUUUCAGAUAAAGAGACAUAAACACAAACAAAAUAUGUUUUUUUAUAUAAUAGGAUUUCUUCUAUAGCCCAAA